AUGGACAGCACUGGAUACACCAGCCUGGACGAAGCAGCAGCGACUGCAAAUUCUGCCAACGCGACUCAGGUGCAGAUGACAUCAGAAGACAUGGACGAUGAGGAGCCAUUGAUGGAGGAUGAGGAGGAGGACCAGUUAAUUAUUCUUCAUCCUGAACACCCGCUUGUCCAAAGGCUACAGGCUACUCUGAACAGACAGCUGAGAAGGCAGCUGGAUAGGAUUAACCUGCAAUUAGAGGAGCAUGUGGCACAGGAGAAGGAAGAUGCCAAACACUCACUGGAGACGGGUGUUGAGAUGUCCAGGAUUCAGGCGAAGUUGGCCAGACUUCACAACAGCCUGGAGGAUUAUCAUCAGACCAAGUCACAGGCAGAAGACAAACAUCAGCAGGCACAGUCCCAAAUGGAAGAAGUGAAAAGCCAGUAUUCCAGUACUUUAGACCGCCACAGCCAAGCCAAAGCCGGUUUGUCCCAGCUGCAGGCGGAGUACGACAACUUGAUGCUGCACACUGUCUUCACACAGGGAGUCAGCGAUGAUCUGCGCAUUCAUUUCCAUGCCACGAAGAAUGCUCAAGGCAGAGCAGGAGCUGAGAAGACCCAGGCAGAAGAUGAGAAGAAGAAGCAAGAUUUGUAUGUGGAACGUCUAACCAAGGAAAUGGAGACGCUGACUCAGCAGAUUGCCAUGUAUGACGCCCAGACCAGUGUUAAAGCGGAGGAGUGUCGGGCAGUCAAACAGGCCUAUUCGGAGGCCGAGAUGGAAAUUGAGUCUCUGCUGAUGAUGCGUAAACAUUUGCUUCAGCAGUGGAACAAAAGCCUGCUGGGCAUGGAGAAACGAGAUGAGGCAUUCAGUGCCAUGCAGGAGGCUAUGCGCACGAUGGACGACCAGAUGAGCUUCUUGGACAGUGAGAUUAAAGCCUACAUGAAAUCGAGCGACGAAGAGCACGAGCGGAAUGAAGCACUGACGUACCGGCUUUACUUUUCCAAGAGGAAUGUAGCCCUCACCAGGAAGCUGAUCAUUGAAAAGCAGAAGCAGCAAGAGGAUCUGCAAAUUCAGCACAGCACCUGCCUCGACACUCUGAAGGAGACGGAGAACACCCUGGACACUCUCAUGAAGGAAACCAGCGAACACUCGGCGGAAAUUAAUGCUCAAAAGAGGCAGGUGGAAAAAGAGAGUGCCAAUCGUUUGGAGUUAGAGGACAAGAUCCUCAACUACGUGCAGCAGGAGAUGAUCCACAAUAGGGCUGCUAAGUACUCGAAAAAGCUCACCCGCAAGACCAGCACACUGAAGGAAGAAAAGAUCUCUCAACUGUGGCAGAAGGAAGACGAGAUGACAGCGGUGGCCUUGGAGAGCUACAAGAUACAUAAUAAUUUGGAAAGCCUGGGCUUCGUUCAGAAGGCCCUAGAUCAAGAGAUGGAAAAGUACAAUCAGCGUGUCAAUGACAUCCAGUUUAAUAUUUCCUCCUUAAUUUCAGCCAUCAAGCAGAAGCAGAACGCCAUUGCCAACUUCAACAAAAAGAUCGGUCACAUCGUAGCCAGCACGGGGCGCGAUGACCUUAGUCCUCUGCAGAUAAACCUAGAGAGAGCCAUGACUCAGAUUGAGCAGAUGGAGGCAAAUAUCAAAAGAGACAAGCAGCUCUGGAUGAAACGACAGGGGUAUCUAAUAGAACUGACUCAGGAGAUGGAGGUCAACAGCAAGAACAUACUGAAAUUGCAGAAACAAUUCACUGCGAUGGAGCAGAAGAAAAUACGCUGGGAGAAUCAGAUCGAGAACGAGCGGCAAGAACUGGCAGAGCUGCAGAAGAACACGGAGAUCUUGAGGGGGGAUUUGGUGAAGCUCAACACGCUGCUCACCAAGAAUGGACAGCUCAGCCAGGUGCUGGAGCAGGACAACGUUCUGAUGGAAACAGAUUUCCUUCUCAUAAUAAGGGAAGCAGAGCGGGAGGUUAUUCAGAUGCAGAUGAAACAUGAGAAGAGUCUGACUGAAAAAGACAGGCUACUCAGCAGUCUGGUGGAAGCUGAGCAGCAAAUCAUGCUGUGGGACAAAAAGACCCAGCUUGUCAAAGAGACUCUUUCAGUCGUGGACUCUGAGGAGUUACAUGAAGAAAUCAAGAUGAUGAAGGCUGAGAUCCACCGAAUGGAGGUGCGAGUCAACCAGCUCAGGAAACAGCAGGAGAACCUGCUGAGGGAGAGUGAGUCGACAGUGGUGAGGAGAGAGUCCAUCAUCGAACGCCGGGAGGCCAUGGUCUACAGCGUUAACAAACAGACUACAAAGUUUGAGCUGAGCAUCAACAUUAAGCACAUGCAGCGCAAACUCAAGGACACACACAAGCACAUAAAGGAGCAUGAACGUGAGAUCAGGGAGCUUCAGGAGAGCAUGGACAGCCUGAAUAAGAAGCUUGCAUGGCAAAAGCAGCAGCUGACCCAACUAUGUAGCACCAACUCCACCAUGGACUCGGACAUUGUAAAUCAGCAGGAUAGCAAAGACAGGGACCUAGCAUACCUGGUGACUCUGCAGAACCGCAUUAAGAAGCUGCAGGCGGUGGUUACGGACAGCUACAAAACCUUGUCCACCAGUGAGUCCGUUGAAGCCACUCUGCAAAGCCAGAUAGAGCAUGUGCACAAAUUUAGCACGGUGUUGCACCGCGUCUGUGAGAAGUUCCCCGACCACCGGCGGCCACUCCGCAGGCUGUUGCUAACUUUGGAAGCAUGCACGCAGAAACUGAAGCAGUGACACGAGAAGGAGGAGGAGCAAUCGACAUUGUAGAGACAACUCAAUGAGUAGAAGGAAGUGUAACCUGAACUUUACCUUUUAUGCGUAUAAGUUCACAAUGGUUCA